GCGGCGGUGGCAGGGGGCGGCUACAUGGCGGUGGCGGUCUUGCGGCCGCUGGACGCGCUGCCGGGAGAGCUGGCGCCGGUGACGGCGCUGCUGGAGGCGCCGGGGCCGCUGUGCGCGGCGCUGCGCGGCGGCGGCGGCGGCGGCGGGCUGGUGCUGGCCGUGCGGCCGGCGGGGCGCGGCGGGGCGCAGGCGGUGCUGCUGCGCGCCGCGCUGCUGGAGGAGGAAGGCGGCGGCGGGGCCGCGCUGUGGCUGCGGGGGCCGCUGCUGCGGCGGCUGGGGCUGGCGGCGGGGCGGCGGGUGGCCGUGUGGCCGGUGCGCCGCCCGCCGCCGCUCUCCUGGGUGCUGCUGGCGGGGGAGGCGGCGGCGGGCGGGGGGCCGCGCGUGCUGGCGGCGCACCCGGCGCUCCAGGGGUUGCUGGGCAACGGCACGCGGCUGGCGCGCGCCCCCGCCCCGCCGCCGCACGACGGCGCCCCCUGGCGGCGCCCCCCGCCGCCGCCGCUGGUGUCGCGCUUCGCGGCGGCGCCGGGCCGCGCGGCGCGGCUGCGGGCGGCCCGCGGCUGCGGCGGCGGGGCCGAGGUGUGGGUGAGCCGGCGGGGGCUGCUGGCGCUCGGGCUCUUCCAGGGCGAGUGGGUGCGGGUGCGCGCCGCGGCGGGCGGCCGCGAGCACCUGGCGGCGCUGCGGGCCCGCCCGCCGCCCUGGCGCUGCGCCGCUGCCGCCGCCCUGCUGCCCCCGGACGGCGCCCUGCUGGCGCCCGCGCUGGCCUUCAACCUGGGCUGCGAGCCGGCCGCCGGCGGCCACGUCUACCUGCGGAGGUACGAGGCGGCGGCCGGCGGCCUCGCCGACGCGCAGGGCAGCCGGACCCCACUGGCUGCGCCGCCCUGGGCCAAGGAGCUGCGCCUCGAGGUUGUCCGCUCACCUCCCGCCUCCAGCGCCGCGGGCGCCUACGACCGCCUGCUCUACAGGCACUUCGAGACCCCUCGGCUUGUCCAGGAAGGAGAUAUCCUGUGUGUUCCAACGUUUGGAUGUGCUGAGUUUUUAGAAGCAAAUUCAGACAAAUUCAUUAGAUGGCCAGAGCUUCACUUCAAAGUGAGGAAGAUUUUAGGCAUGGUGGAAAGCGAACAGUCUGAGGGUUACCUGGUGGACACCCAGAACACCUCUCUGUAUCUGGUGGGUUCAACCAACAGUGCUGUCCCAUCUUCCCCAGCUUAUGGCAGCCAUGAGUUCUGGAGCAGUUUAUCUCCUGCUGGACUUUCCAGUGUCGUGAAGCAGCUCUGUGGUGCUCUUCGGCCUCACCUGAGCAGUCAGGCAAGCACGCUAAAUGGAGCAGGCAGCAUUCUCCUCUCGGGACCAAGUGGCAGUGGGAAGCUGAUGGCUGUCAGAGUUGUGUGUAGCUGCCUUAACCUUCACCUCUUCAAGGUCGAUUGCGUUAGUUUGUGUGGUGACACCAGUGGAGCCACGGAGGAGAAAGUACAGAUGGCCUUCUCCCGGGCUCAGCAGUAUCAUCCCUGUGUGCUUCUGCUGAAGGACAUAGAGGUGCUUGGUAGAGACCGUGAUGGUCUAGGAGAGGACUCCAGGGUCAUUGCUACUCUGAGGCAGCUUCUCCUGCACAGAGACCCCACACUGAGCCACUCUGUCUUGGUGAUUGCCACAACGUGCAAGCCCCGGGAUGUUCCUACAGAUGUGCAGACUGCUUUCCUUCACGAGGUGAAAAUUGAAGCCCCUUCAGAAGAGCAUAGGAGGCUUAUGCUGAGCGCCCUGACCGCCAACCUUCCUCUGGGCAAAGAAGUGAGCCUAGCCAAGCUGGCCCGCAAGACUGCGGGGUUUGUGCUGGGAGAUUUCUGUGCCUUGCUGUCCCAUAGCAGCCGUGCUGCCUGUUCCCGCAUCCAAGCUCUGAGUUUUCCAGGUGGACUGAGUGAGGAAGUGGAGAGAGAUUUUUGCACUGCUGGGUUCCCCAUGCUGGAGGAGGAUUUCAGCGUGGCACUGGACCAGCUGCAUGAUGCCCAUUCCCAGGCAGUAGGAGCCCCGAAGAUCCCCUCUGUAUCCUGGCAGGAUGUUGGUGGGCUCCAAGAGGUGAAGAAGGAGAUCCUGGACACUAUCCAGUUGCCACUGGAGCACCCAGAGCUGCUGUCGCUGGGUCUGUGUCGCUCUGGCCUGCUGCUUUAUGGCCCUCCGGGGACAGGGAAGACCUUACUGGCAAAAGCUGUGGCGACCACCUGCACCAUGACAUUCCUCAGUGUGAAAGGGCCAGAGCUCAUCAACAUGUAUGUUGGGCAAAGUGAGGAGAACGUGCGCAACGUGUUUGCCAGAGCCAGGGCAGCUGCUCCCUGCAUCAUUUUCUUUGAUGAACUGGAUUCCCUGGCCCCAAAUCGUGGGCGGAGUGGAGAUUCAGGAGGUGUCAUGGACAGAGUUGUCUCACAGCUCCUGGCUGAGCUUGACGGCCUUCAUUCCACCAGAGAGGUGUUCGUCAUCGGAGCUACAAACAGGCCCGACCUCCUGGACCCAUCGCUGCUCCGGCCGGGGAGAUUUGACAAGUUGGUCUAUGUGGGCAUAAAUGAAGACCGGGAGUCACAGCUGCAGGUCCUGACUGCCAUCACCAGGAAGUUUAAAUUGGAUCCUUCUGUGAAUCUCCCCAGCAUCCUAGAAAAAUGCCCUGCUCGGCUGACAGGAGCAGACAUCUAUGCGCUGUGCUCAGAUGCCAUGAUGUGCGCUGUCAAGCGCAAGGUGGAAUGGAUUGAGGAAGGGCUGGAUACAGAGAGCUCUGCGCUGGUCCUGACCAUGGAGGACUUCCUGCAGGCUGCUGUGAGGUUACAGCCAUCAGUCUCUGAGCAGGAGCUGCUCAGGUACAGACUCAUCCAGCAGAAGUUUGCUGCCUGCUAACCCCCAGCGGAGCUAAGAGUGGCAGAGUGAAGGGGAUGGUAGGGUAAAGGGCGCAAGGGAACUGAGGCAGAAGCAGUCACCCUCCUGCUUUCCUCCCAUCACUCCUAGACCCUUUUCUUUUGCACCCAGAUGAGCAAGGGGCCAUGCCUUACGAUGGUGCUCGGUCUGGUGACCGCUCCUCUAUCACUCCCUCACAUCCAGGGGAGCACCUUGUGGGUUCCCAGGGUGACCUCCCAGCAGAUGGGAAGCUGGGAGUCUCAUGGUUGUAGGGAAUGUGGGAAUAUCUCUGGGUGACAGGGAAUUUUUGGGAGAGCAAGGCCCAAACUGUACCCAGUUUGGCAGCAGGAAGGGUUUUGGAGGCCGUCCACGUUUGGCCAUCAGCCCUCAGUGAGGGAGCGCUGGCCAGAGUGCGGAGGGGCAGCGGGUGAGGCUGCUGUGGCUGGCCUGGGCUUCACAGGGACUUAAAUAAAUGCAGGUUUCUACUCCA